AUGGCGUCUUGGAGUCUCAAGAAGAUGAUGGAGAAGAAGAUGCUCCAAUUCGACGUGACAUUCGGAAUGUACAUGUUUACGCCGAUGGAGAAGUUUUUUUUCUACUCGAUCCUUUUCCUGCUCAUCAGCCUGACCUCCAUCGCCGCAACCCUAUACCUCCCGCAACACGUCUCUCUUCUUGCCGGCCGCGCGUGGUACUACAUCAACGGCGAGACGAUUGAUAUUGCGGCGUUUGCGAGAAAUGUCUUUGACGGAGCGCUGGGAGCUAGCAAGGGCGCUGCGGCGGUUGUGAGGGAGCUGUAA